CGUGGGAGGGGUUGGAGGACUAACAUAAACGGAAGCUGGGACAGAACCUGAGCCGUGAGAAGUUGGGAGGAGCCAAAGUCGGUAGUGUGGAGUACCCAUCGCUGUAGUUGCUCGGGGAGAAUCCCGUGGUGCAGACCUGGGUGCGGAGGACACGGCUGGGUGUCGCGGGGACACGAAAUCUCCCCGGAGCCGCAGUCGCCGCGCGGGGCGGCCUGGGAAAGUCACCAGUCAGCAGCGCAGUGGCGGGAACCGCAGCCCGGCGGCCCUGGAACCUCCCAGCCAGUGGUGUGACUGGGGACUUCUCCCAGGAGGAGUGGCCAUGCCUGGACCUGCUCUGAGGGCUUUGUACAGAGACUGGAUCUGUGGGUCUCACUGAUCACCAUGACCUGCUCACCUGUGGAGCAAAACAAAGUGGCCUGGAAGGAGAGAGGAGGCAGGAGCUAAGGGUCCAGGGAAGCAACCAUCUAUCAUUGUUCCUGAAAGAGAAACUCAAAGCAGAGAAACAGUAAGAAACGACUGAUUCUCCAGUAAACAUGUCGCAGUGAAGAAGGCUUCCUUUCUCUCCAUAUUUCCUCACACAUUUGUCGUCAGGGUCUGUUGACAUUUGGGGAUGUAGCUGUGGACUUCCCCCAGGAGGAGUGGGAAUGCCUGGACUCUGCUCAGAGGGCUUUGUACAUUGAUGUCAUGUUGGAGAAUUAUAACAACCUGGUGUCUGUUGAGAACUAUUGCAAAUGUGAUCCUGUCCAUCAACAUGUGAAGACUGAAAAGGAGUCUUGUCAGUGUAAUGAGCUUGUCAAAGUGCUUCAUGACCCCUCCACAAGUGCACCUCAUAAAACAGGUGAAACUACAGAAAACUCUAAUAGCUAUAGUUCCAGUAAUCACAGGGAUGCUUCUGUUGACUCAUCAAAUUCAGAUAGACAUGAAAGCAUGCACACUGGAGAAGAACCUUGCAAAUCUAAAGACUGUGGGAAAUCUUUAAAUUUGUGUUCCAAUAUUACACAAGAUCAGGGACUCUAUACCACAAAGAAAGUGCACAGGCAGGGAGAAUAUGAUGACUAUUUCAGCGCUGCAUACAGUCUUUUGCAACAACCAAUCUACAUUGGAGAAACACCACACCGGUGUGAGAAAUGCGGGAAAUGCUUCAGUACUGCCUCAUGCCUCACUGUACAUGAAAGAAUUCAUACUGGAAUUAAACCCUACAAGUGCAAAGUUUGUGAAAAAUCCUUUACCCAGUGGUCAAGUCUUAAAACACAUCAAAGACUUCAUACUGGAGAGAAACCUUACAAAUGUAAAGAAUGUGGAAAGUCAUUUCCACAGUUGUCAGCAUUCCGUAGCCAUCAAAAAUUGCAUACUGGAGAGAAACCUUACAAAUGUAAGGAAUGUGACAAAUCCUUUGCCCACUAUUCCAAUUUUAGGAGACACCAGAAAAUGCAUUCUGCUGGAAGACAGUAUAGUUGUCAGGAAUGUGGCAAGGUCUUUCAUCAGAUUUCACACCUUAAAAGCCAUUACAGACUUCAUACUGGAGAGAAGCUUUAUAAGUGCAGUGACUGUGACAGAUCCUUUACCCACUAUUCAUCACUGAGUAGACAUAGGAAAACUCAUUCUCUAGAGAAGUUUCACAAAUGCAAAGACUGUGGUAAGUCCUUUCUUGAAUUAUCACAUCUUAAAAUACAUUACAGACUCCAUACUGGUCAGAAGCCUUACAAAUGUGAGGUAUGUCACAAAUACUUUACCUUAAACUCAACUCUUAAAACACAUCAGAAAAUUCACACUGGGGAGAAACCUUACAAAUGUGAGGAAUGUGAGAAAUCCUUUACCAAACACUCAGAUCUUAGAAGACAUCAGAGUGUUCACACUGGUGAGAAACCUUACAAAUGUAAGGAAUGUGACAAGUGUUAUACUAGCUGCUCAUAUCUUAGAGCACAUCAGAAAAUUCAUACUGGAGAGAAACUUCACAAAUGCAAAGACUGUAAUAUAUCCUAUAUCCAUAUUGCAAGUCUUAGGAGACAUCAGAGAGUUCAUACUGGAGAGAGACCUUACAGAUGUAAGGAAUGUGACAAAUCCUUUACCAGUUGCUCAAAUCUUAGAAGACAUCAGAGUGUUCACACUGGGGAGAAACCUUACAAAUGUCUGGAAUGUGACAAGUCCUUUACCCAGGACUCACAUCUUAGAACACAUCAAAGGGUUCAUACUAGAGAGAGACCUUACAGUUGUCAGGAAUGUGAUAAAUCUUUUGCCCACUCUUCUGGUUUAAGGAGACAUCAGAAAAUCCAUAAUGGAGAGGAACCAUACAAAUGCAAAGAGUGACACAUCCCUUAUCCCGAUGUCUUUCUGUACAUUGGAAAUUAUACUUCCCCAAAUGCAUUGAAUUUGACAAGUCCUUUACAUUUUUCUGAAGUUGCAGAGAUAAAAGAAAAUUCAUCAUUAAAGAAAACACUCUGAUAAA